CCCGCUGUACCUGUGUAAUGCCAGUGAUGACGACAACCUGGAGCCUGGAUUCAUCAGCAUCGUCAAGCUGGAGAGUCCUCGACGAGCUCCGCGCCCCUGCCUGUCACUGGCCAGUAAGGCCCGAAUGGCUGGCGAGCGGGGAGCCAGUGCAGUGCUCUUUGACAUCACCGAGGACCGAUCAGCUGCUGAGCAGCUGCAGCAGCCUCUGGGGUUGACUUGGCCAGUGGUGCUGAUCUGGGGUAAUGAUGCCGAGAAGCUGAUGGAGUUUGUGUACAAGAAUCGGAAGGCCCAUGUGAGGAUUGAGCUGAAGGAGCCCCCAGCCUGGCCAGACUAUGACGUGUGGAUCCUCCUGACUGUGGUGGGCACCAUCUUUGUCAUCAUCCUGGCUUCAGUGCUGCGCAUCAGGUGUCGCCCACACCACAGCAGACCGGACCCUCUUCAGCAACGGACAGCCUGGGCCAUCAGCCAGCUGGCUACCAGGAGGUACCAAGCCAGCUGUAGGCGGGCUCGAGCUGAGUGGCCAGACUCAGGGAGCAGUUGCAGCUCAGCCCCCAUGUGUGCCAUCUGCCUGGAGGAGUUCUCAGAGGGGCAGGAGCUCCGGGUCAUUUCCUGCCUCCAUGAGUUCCAUCGAACCUGUGUGGACCCCUGGCUAUACCAGCAUCGGACUUGCCCCCUCUGCAUGUUCAACAUCGUAGAGGGAGAUUCAUUUUCCCAGGCCCUGGGAGCCUCUCCUACUUACCAGGAACCAGGCAGAAGACUCCACCUUAUUCGCCAGCAUCCUGGCCAUGCCCACUAUCAUCUCCCCUCUGCCUACCUGCUGGGCCCUUCCAGGAAUUCAGUGGCCCGGACCCCAAGACCUAGACCCUUCCUACCCUCCCAGGAGCCGAGUAUGGGCUCUCGGCAUCAACGCCUCCCUAGGGCUUCACACCUCCGGGCACCAGAAGAACAACAGCACCUGGCAGUAUCUCAGCACCCCUACGCAUCACGGGGCUGGGGGCUGAGCCACCUCCGAUGCACCUCUCAGCAUCCCACAGCUUGCCCAGGGGCCCUGCGCCGGGCCAGGCCUCAUGACAGCAGCGGGUCUGGAGAAAGCUACUGUACAGAGCGCAGUGGCUACUUGGCAGAUGGGCCAGCCAGUGACUCCAGCUCAGGGCCCUGUCAUGGCUCUUCCAGUGACUCGGUGGUCAACUGCACGGAUAUCAGUCUGCAGGGCAUCCAUGGCAGCAGUUCUACUUUCCGCAGCUCCCUGAGCAGUGACUUUGACCCCUUGGUAUACUGCAGCCCUGAAGGGGAUCUCCAAGGGAAAGGAAUGCAACCUAGUCUGACCUCUCGACCCCGUUCCCUGGACUCAGUGGUGCCCACAGGGGAGACUCGGGUUUCCAGCCACAUCCACUAUCACCGCCACCGCCACCACCACUACAAAAAGCGGUUCCAGUGGCAUGGCAGGAAGCCUGGCCCAGAAACUGGGGUCCCUCAGUCCAGGCCUACUGCCUCUCAGACUCAGCUGGAGCCAUCUUUGUCGGAGCACAAGUUCACCACACCCAACCCAGCAGCUUCUUCAAUGCUUCCCAACACACAACGGCCCAGGUCCCUUACAGAGUCAGCUCCUGGCCUAGCAGAAGCUGCCAGCCCCAGCCUCAGUCCCAACUCCAACACCAACGGUCUUUUGAACUUGCAGAAAUCCAGCCUCCCUGUCCGACACCCACAGAGAAAACGGCGGGGGGGGCCCUCAGAACCCUUGCCAACCUCUCGGCCUCAGGCCUUGACUGUGCACCCAGCAUGCCAGGUUUUUCCCCACUGUAGCCCCAGCCUAGCAUACCCUUGGCCCCCAGAGGCUCAUCCAUUGAUCUUCAGACCUCCAGGCCUGGAUAGGAGGCUGUUACAUGAAGCCCCAGGCCCCUGUUACUCGAGUUCACAGCCAGUGUGGUUGUAUCUGCCCCCCCGCCGGCCUCUGGGACCAUGCUCUCCUGGAGAGGGGCAUUCCGAGUGGAGUUCUGACACGCCAGAGGGCAGACCAUGCCCUUACCCACACUGCCAGGUGCUACCAGGCCAGCCUGGCUCAGAAGAGGAGCUCGAGGAGCUGUGUGAACAGGCUGUGUGAUGUGAAAUGAUCAGAUGUCGCUCCAACCAAGAGUGUGCUCCAGAUGACUCAGGGCUCUACCUGGCGCAGGGUUCUGUUCCAAGGAGAAGCAAGGGCCUUAGCAAGCAUCUCUGUUUGCCACACUUCCUGGGACCACUGGAAGAAGAGUGGUGAUGGUGGGUGGCAGGGGGGUGCUGUUUCCUGCCCCCUGCUCCCGGUCUUGUCUAUAGAACACACCCACUGUGCAGAAAGUCUUGUGUCCAGCCAGACCACCAACCACUAUGCAAUUGUGGGGUGGGUCCCUAAAGGCUGAGUUGUUGACAGGAAGCUAGAGUGAAUGUCUAGGUGUCCUCAAGGUGCUGCUCUUUCCCCAAGCCCAGCUGAGUCCCCUGCUGAGUCCCCUUUGCCCCUGGCUUCAGGUUCACACAAGUCAGUGGGUUCAGCUGAGUGCAUGGCCACUUCUCCUCUCCUUUCAAGGGUCCACGGAGGCAACUUCAGCUUUAUCGUUUUCCUUCUUCACAAAAGAACAAGGAGAUUAGGUGAGCCUCUGUCCCUAGGAAGGUUUCUGCACUUUCUCUAGCCGAUGCCUGUCCUGGUGCUCAGGGAGGAGCAGUUCUUCCUCCCUGUUCUUACACUGAUUUUAAGUUGCAGGCUUCGGGAGCCAGGGUGUAGAGUUCUGUUCCAGAGGUGGGGACUUGGACAAACGUGGGGUGCAUCUUUUGAUUAUCAAACUCCUUGUCACUCCAGCAACUCCAGUUCCUCUGAGAGAGAACAGGAGAGAAUAACUACUCCUGCUCUCCUGUCUCUAAAUCCCGCAGCAGGCAGACAGGAAUCUCCACUAAACUUCAUCUGGGGAGGAUGAAAUGAAGGCAGGGAAAGCAAAAGUAGAGCUGGGCAAGGACAGAAUUCUUCUCGGAGAGAUUCUCAGAGCAAAGAUGGAGAAUAACAUGUGACUUCAAGGGUUUGCAGGGCCCAGACGCCCCCCCCCUUCCCAGUAUAAGCCAUACAAACCAACAACCCAACAGAAGGUGUGCGUGUGGAAUUGGAGCAACAAGUUGGCCUGGGCAGCUUGUACCAAGUAGGCAAGGGCUGAGGGGCCUCCUGAAGCUCUUCAUCCCAGGGCAUCCUCAACAUUGUUAGCCCCUCAGGCAUGGUCCUUGCCUGGAAUGUGAAUGUGGGGGCAAAAUGGGCACGGGAACCUUCUUGGGAACCUUCUCUCCUCAAAGUCAGUGGGGAGACUGUCACCCAGGCACCCACAUGGGUAUUUAUAUCUGAACCAGACAAAAAGAUGCUUGAAUCAGGCACUAUGUUGAGAAAUGUAUUUAUUUGCUAAUA